AUGGCUGCCACUUCAGACCAGGUGUUUGUGGGCAGCAUUGACCAGGGAACUACGAGCUCGAGAUUCCUCAUCUUCGACAAAGCCGGCGAGCCCGUCGCGGUUCAUCAGGAAGAAUUCACUCAGAUAUACCCCAACCCAGGCUGGCACGAGCACGACCCGGACGAGAUUGUCAAAUCGGUCGAGAACUGCAUAGAGGGCGCGGUCAAGAUCUUUGAGGAGAAGGGCUUCUCGAAAGAGAGCAUUAAGGCUGUGGGUAUUACGAACCAGCGAGAGACGACGGUGGUUUGGGAUGUCAAGAGUGGCGAGCCACUGCACAAUGCCAUUGUGUGGACGGAUACCCGGACAGCUGCUUUGGCGAGAGAGCUGAAAGCUAGGCCGGACAGUGACAAGCUUACGGAUAUCUGCGGGUUGCCCAUCUCCACCUACCCAUCAGUCACCAAGCUGCUAUGGUUGCUGAGGAACUCAGAGAAGGUGCGAAAGGCGUACGAGGCAGGCAAUUUGGCCUUUGGAACCAUCGAUGCCUGGCUGAUAUACAAGCUCAACGGCGGUCCUUCAAAGGAUGUCUUCGUUUCCGACCCGACGAAUGCGAGCAGAACAAUGUUCAUGGAUAUCCACACGCUCAAGUACAGCGACAAAAUGCUGGACUUCUUCUCAUACGAAUUCGACAUUCGGAAGAUCCACCUACCGGAGAUUGUACGAUCAGCCGACAAGAAGUCAUUUGGACAACUGAGCUCCGGACCACUGAAAGACUUCCCAAUCACUGGCUGCUUGGGAGAUCAAUCAGCUGCAUUGGUAGGUCAGAAAGGGUUUGAUCCAGGCUCGGCGAAGAACACAUACGGCACUGGCUGCUUUUUGCUCUACAAUGUUGGCGAGAAACCGGUCAUCUCCACACACGGCUUGCUGGCAACGGUGGCGUACGACUUCGAUGGUAAGCCUGUGUACGCCCUCGAAGGCAGUAUUGCCGUUGCUGGAUCGGGUGUGAAGUUCUUGAUGCACAACCUGGGCUUCAGCCAUGCAUCACACAAGAUCACCGAACUCGCCGAGACCGUGAAGGACAACGGUGGGUUGGUGUUCGUGACGGCGUUCAGUGGACUCUUUGCACCUUACUGGAUUGAUGAUGCCCACGGAACGAUGUUUGGAAUAACACACCACACCGAACGAGGCCACAUCGCCCGCGCAACAUUGGAAGCCGUCUGUUUCCAGACUAAAGCUAUUCUCGAUGCGAUGGAGAAGGACAGCGGACACAAGCUUAACGAACUCAAAGUCGACGGCGGAAUGAGCAACUCGACGCUCUGUAUGCAGACGCAAGCUGACCUCGUCGGCAUCCCCAUCGUACGGCCGAAGAUGCGCGAGACGACGGCCUUGGGAGCGGCUAUUGCAGCCGGCUUCGCAGCAGAAGUGUGGAAGAACUUUGAUGAGCUGAAAGAAGUCAACACAGCCGGACAGACGGUGUUUGAGCCAAAGAUGGAGGAAGCCGCCAGCAAGAAGAUGUUCAAGAAGUGGGAGCGUGCAGUGACCAUGUGCAAGGGCUGGCUUGCUGAGGAGGAGAGUGAGGAGGGCAAUCCGGAUGCUGGGGAGCUGAAGGAGAACGCGAAGAAAGAGCAAGAGGAAGCUUCGAAGCUUUGA